AUCGGAGGAGAGAGAGACAGAGAGAGAGUCAAAAGCUAAAAAAAGCACCCGAGAAAUCUAGUGGUGUAGCGGGCGAGCGCUCCGUCCCCUCCCCCUUCCUCCGCUUCCCAUCGUACCAAAACAAUUUCACCUCACGCCCCCGCCUCCUCUCCCGGCGUCGACGACCCACGAAGCUUCCAGAGGCUUCUAGGGCCUCCCGCCGCCGCCGUUCCCCCGUUCCUCUCACGGAUCGCCGCCUCCGGCAGCGGCGAGGGCGGAGCUGCGCGGGGACGUGGUGGGGGAGGACGGUGCUAGGGUUUGUGGCCGGGUCAGGGCCGCGGCGGCCGGCGCUCGUGGAGGAGGAGGAUGCAUAUGAUGCGUCGGCUGAAGAGCAUCGCCUCUGGCCGUUCCUCCGUCUCCGAUCCGGGUGGUGACUCAGGCUCAAAAAGGCCAAAAUUUGAUCAGGAGGGAUCAGGAGAUAUCGUCAUUGAACCACAGCUAUCUGACGACAAACCUAUGCAUCUAGAUCAAGAAUCAUCAUCAUCUCAUAGAGAUGCUGAUGCAAGCACAUCUACUAGUAUGAAUCCUGCUAAAACUGAAGAAACAGGUGCAGAUCUUCUUCCAAAAGGAAUGAAUGAUAUGACAAUAAGUGAUGAUAGAGUUGAUGGCCUCACUGAUAAGGAUGCGGAAGGGGUUAUUGUUAAUGGAAAUGGAACAGAAGCAGGUCAGAUCAUUGUGACAACAAUAGGAGGUCAAAAUGGGAAGCCAAAGCAGAAGGUCUCAUACAUGGCAGAACGUGUCGUUGGGACCGGUUCAUUUGGUGUAGUUUAUCAGGCCAAGUGCUUGGAAACUGGAGAGACUUUUGCCAUUAAGAAGGUGCUGCAGGAUAAAAGAUAUAAGAACAGAGAGCUUCAAACAAUGCAAUUACUCGACAAUCCAAAUAUAGUUCAGCUAAAGCAUCACUUCUUUUCGACAACUGAUAGGGGUGAAGUGUACCUAAACCUUGUGCUUGAAUAUGUCCCAGAGACAGUUUAUCGUGUCGCCAAAUACUAUAAUCGGAUGAACCAGCGUGUACCCAUACUAUAUGUUAAGUUGUAUACAUAUCAGAUGUGCCGGGCCCUUGCAUAUAUCCAUCGAGUUGUUGGUGUAUGCCAUCGAGAUAUUAAGCCCCAAAAUCUGUUGGUCAAUCCUCAUACGCAUCAACUUAAGCUUUGUGAUUUUGGGAGUGCUAAAAAAUUGGUCCCUGGAGAGCCAAACAUAUCAUACAUUUGCUCGAGGUAUUAUAGGGCUCCUGAACUAAUAUUUGGAGCUACAGAAUAUACAACAGCAAUAGAUAUCUGGUCUGUUGGUUGUGUACUAGCUGAGCUUCUGAUUGGUCAGCCUCUGUUCCCUGGAGAAAGCGGUGUCGAUCAAUUGGUGGAAAUAAUAAAGAUUUUGGGUACCCCGACAAGAGAAGAAAUCAGAUGCAUGAACCCAAACUACUCUGAAUUCAAAUUCCCUCAGAUAAAAGCUCAUCCCUGGCACAAGCUUUUUGGUAAGCGCAUGCCACCUGAAGCAGUUGAUCUUGUGUCAAGGCUACUUCAGUACUCACCAAAUCUGCGCUGCACAGCUGUUGAUGCUUGUGCACAUCCAUUCUUCGAUGAGCUGCGGGAUCCCAAGACCUGCUUGCCAAAUGGACGGCCACUGCCAGCUUUGUUCGACUUUUCGGUGGCUGAGCUAGAAGGCUUCCCUAUUGAGCUACUCCACCGGAUCAUUCCUGAGCACACAAGGAAGUGAGGAAGCGGCUGGAGAAUAGACCGUGCGUGCGAGACGGGCAAAUGCCACCAAUACCUCGUGGAUCUAUCUGGAGUAGACUAUCCCACCGGCCCAGCCCUGCGGGGCUUCUAGAGAAGGGCAACCGGGCCAUUUGCCCAGGGCCGUCCCACACUGUUGUGGGGCCUCUCUUUAAUUGUAUGUGUUUUAUGUCGUUUGAAAGAAUAGUAUAUCAGCUCUUUUCCAGUCUUCCUCUUCCCAGUGAAGCAUGAAAUGAUGGUAUCUACUGCUUCCAUGGAUCUCAAUGCCAGCAGGGUGUUCAUGAAAAAUACUCAUCGAAGCACACUUCUCGAGA